AUGAGAUUUGUUCAUGACCUCACAUCAACAUUAAAUUUGCAUAAUGUUCAUGAAAUUAGUGGUAAUAAUGAAAUAAAUAUCCCUUCAACAAGUGAAAGCAAUAUAAAUUUAACGCACGAACAUAACAUCAGCAACAAUAAUAAUAAUUUUAAUCGCAUUCAUCAACAAAAUGAUAUUGAUAAUCUUUUAGAAAAUGAACUUACAUCAACAUUAAAUUUGCAUAAUGUUCAUGAAAUUAAUGGUAAUAAUGAAAUAAAUAUCCCUUCAACAAGUGAAAGCAAUAUAAAUUUAACGCACGAACAUAACAUCAGCAACAAUAAUAAUAAUUUUAAUCGCAUUCAUCAACAAAAUGAUAUUGAUAAUCUUUUAGAAAAUGCUAGACUUAAUAAAAUUUUAGAACAUUACUUGGGUGAUAUGAAUGUGUUAUGUACUCACUGUAAAGCAAAACACUUUAAAGCAGAGAAAGUAGGUAAAAAGGGAAAUUCUUUUAACGAUUGCUGCAGUCAUGGCAAAGUAGUCUUAGAUCCAUUACCAGAUCCACCAGAAAUUUUAAAAAAUUUGUUUGAAGGCACUCAUCCAUUAUCGAAUCACUUUUACAGUAACAUACGAAAAUACAAUAAUUCAUUUUCAUUUGCUUCUUUCAAUGCUAAUUUGAUAGAAUUUAAUAACAGACGGCCUGGACCUUUUUGCUUUAAAAUUCAAGGACAAAUCUAUUAUCAAAUUAAUACAUCUUUAUAUCCUUCUAAUGAUGAAAUGCCCAGUUUCGGACAACUUUUCAUAAUUGACACGAAUGAAGCUACCGAUUAUAGAAUGAAUAUGAAUUCUGCAUUAAAUGCAGAAAUUUUGAGUGCAAUUGACAAUGCAAUGAGACAAUGUAAUACUUUCGCAAAUGCGUAUCAAAUGAUGAAGGAAGAAUUGGAUUCUAUGACAGUCGAAAAUAAUGGUAACGAACCUGAAUUACAACUGUUGUUUACAUUAAAAAAAGGACAAGAUAAAAGACGUUACAAUUUUCAAAGAGUUAAUGAAGUUGCUGCAAUUUUUUCCACUACUGCAGAUGGUGAAAUUCCGGAAUCGUAUGUUACAAUACGUAACAAAAAUACUAAGGAUUUACAAUAUGUUAGCUCAAUGGAUGCUAAUGUUGAACCAUGGACCUAUCCAUUAUUCUAUUCUCACGGGACAAAAGGUUGGUGUGAUAAUCUAAAAAUGGUUGGCAGUAAUCGUAGAGUAACUAGAAAUGCUUACAUUAAAUACCGAAUGGCUAUUCGAAAUGAAACAAAUUACAUUUUGAUGGGAAGACGUUUAUUUCAACAAUGGACUGUUGAUAACUAUGUUAAAGUAGAAAAAGAUAAAAUGAAUUAUUUAAGAAGCAAUCAAAAACAAUUGAGAGCUGAUACAUAUGAAAGUCUCUUACAACACUUGGAGAAAACUGCAGAAAAUACAAGCAGUCGUGUUGGAAAAGUAAUUGUUCUACCCUCUACUUAUGCAGAAUCACCAAGAAAUAUGUUACAAAAUUAUCAAGAUGCAAUGACCAUAGUAUGGAAAUUUGGUAAACCUGAUUUAUUUAUUACAAUGACUUGCAAUCCAAAGUGGAGAGAAAUUACAGAAAAUUUGUUGGAUGGACAAACUGCUUCUGAUAGACCUGAUUUAGUGGCUCGUGUUUUUGAAUUAAAAAAAGAAGAACUCCUUAACAUAAUAGUUAAAGAAAAAUUAUUUGGUGAAUUGCAAGCUUACGUUUACGUUGUUGAAUACCAAAAACGUGGAUUACCACAUGUUCAUUUAUUGAAUAAUUUAAAACCCAAUUCUAAAAUUACAACUCCUGAAAUUGUAGAUAAAUUUAUUUCAGCUGAAAUUCCUCAUCCAACAGAUAAUCCAAGAUUACAUAACAUCAUUGAUGCCAAUAUGAUUCAUGGUCCUUGCGGAGACUGGUGCUUAGAUAAAAAUGGCAAAUGUUCAAAAAAUUAA